AUGCUUGAGAGGACUUUCAACUAUACCGACAGUUAUGACUACUACUUUUCCACGGAGAGUCCUAAAGAGUACUGUGAAACUCUGCAGGUGCCAUAUAUGGAAAUUUUCCUUCCUAUUCUAUAUGCCACCAUGUUCCUGGUGGGAAUUAUCGGCAAUUCCAUCCUCAUGGGAGCCCUAGUCUUCAAACUGGGAGCCCGGAGGCUGAUUGACAUCAUUAUCAUCAACUUAGCUGCCUCAGACUUUAUUUUCCUCCUUACAUUGCCAUUCUGGGUGGACCAGGAGAUAUGGCUGGGGGUUUGGAGGUCAGGCUCCUUUCUCUGCAAGGGCAGUUCCUACAUCAUCUCAGUCAACAUGUAUUGCAGUGUCUUCCUCCUCACUUGCAUGAGUGGUGACCGCUAUCUGGCCAUCAUGCACCCCACUGUAGCCAGGAAAGUCAGAACAAGAUUUUAUACUAAUGGACUCUGCACCUGUAUUUGGCUUCUCUCCUGCCUCCUCGGGCUUCCCACUCUGCUAUCCAGAGAACUGAGGCAAUAUAAUGACCAGCCUUACUGCGCACAAGUGGAGCUCACACAGGCUCAACGGACUGUGUCACUGGUAAUAUUAAUUCUGGCCUUCUUUUUCCCCUUGGUGAGUAUCUUGACCUUCUACUGCUCCAUCACCAAGAAGCUCUGCAUGCAUUAUCAAAAGUCUGGGAAACAUGACAAAAAGCUGAGGAAAUCUAUCAAGAUUGUCUUCAUUGUAGUGGCCGCCUUUGUUUUCUCCUGGAUCCCCUACAACAUUUUCAAGCUUCUGGCUAUCAUCUCUGACCUCCAGGACCUGAAGCCACCUUCCUGCUUUCCUUAUGUUCUUGCCCAAGCAGGCAUGGAAGUGAGCAGUCCCUUUGCAUUUGCCAACAGCUGUGCCAACCCUUUCAUCUAUUACUGUUUUGAUGGUUAUAUCCGCAGGACCAUCUCACGGUGCCUGUGUCCAUGGAUGAAGGUCCACAGCGUUGGGAGCAGUUCUGACGCAAUGGAUACUCGCACCAACUUCUCUUUGUCCACUUUUAUUCAUGGGGAGGAUGCUAUUAGGAAACGGAGACAUUCUGUGUCAUUCUGAAAGGAGCUGGGACUUUUGAAGGAGACAUUUCUUCCAAUUACAGGUGAUGGGGGAAGAAAGGUCAACAGAAAAAAAGCAUGAAGGCAAAACCAAAAAACAACAAACAAACAACAACAAAAAACAGUAACAUGUGUGAGGGAGAACGGAAUCAAGAGAAUGAGUGAGUGUAUGUACAAUGGUAGCUCUUCUAGUUAUAGAGAAAAACAUUGUUAAUUUCCUUUAAUGAUAAAGUAAUAACUGGAAUUUAACACCGUAACUAUAUAAAUUACUGCAAAUUCCUGCAGAUCACUGUGUAAUUGUAAUUGAGCAGAUCUAAAACUAGUCUAUAGGAAAAUACACACAAAUGCUUAAAAUCAGUAUCCUGAUGUACUGCACAAAUAACUUUAGAGCAACCCACCAAAUUCAGAAC